UAAUAAACUUCGGAACGUGUCAGAUAAAUUGCAGAUAACAGAUAAAAUGUCAGCAGUCAGUUGACUUGACAAUUGACAGAUAAAUAUUUAGUUUGGGUUCCCGGCAAAUUACAAAUUACAAUUUACAUCCAAACUCAAUUUAGAGAUUAGAGAUUAGUUGUAGUGAUUUCUCCUUUAAAUAUUACCUUGGUGAUCCAGUUUUUCGUAUUCCGGUAGUGGAAACCGGAAUCUAUAUAAUAUAAAAAUGAAUCCCUAUUUCCCUUGGGGACGGCAUCACGCGUUAACGGCUGGACCGAUUCUGAUAAUUCUUAUUUUGAUGUAUUCGUUAUUGUCCGGAGAAGGAUCUUAUGAAAGAAAAACUUCACGUGUUUGACAAUUUGCGCGAAGACAGGCCAACGUCUGUCGGAUAUAAAAUGGAGUGUACAUGUGACUAUAUCCUCAAAACACAGCCUGACUGGGAGGAGCAUUACGAAAACUGCAAGGUCAAGUGGAUUGCUCGUGAAAAGCGAGAUUAUCCAAAAAACAACGAUGGGACAUUGCGACUCAGAAAUAAGCAUCUAUUAAAAUUGGAUUAUGAUGUACUGUACCAUUUGGGGUUGGACACGAAGACCCACGAUCUGCAAGCAAUGUUCGGCGAUGUUAAAUUUGUAUGUAUGGGUGGUACGAAAUAUAGAAUGAAGGAAACUGCAAAGCACAUGGCUAAUAUACUAGAUAUACAGUGUGACUUCAAGAAUAUAGUUAAACAGGGUCACAGAUACGCACUAUAUAAAGUUGGCCCCGUUUUGUGUCUUAGUCAUGGUAUGGGCGUUCCAUCUAUGACGAUAGCUCUAGAGGAGAUAUUGAAGUUACUGCACUAUGCUAAAGCUAAAGAUCCCAUAAUAUUGCGUCUCGGUACUAGCGGUGGGAUCGGAGUGACGCCGGGCGCUGUCGUUAUAUCCUCGUCUGCUUUAAACGAUACUCUGGAAAUGUGUUAUAAGCUCGCGAUUUUGGGUGAGGAGAAAAAGUUUCCAUGCAAUUUUGACAAACGAUUGAACCAAGAACUCUUGUCAGUCGCCGAUAGCGAAGAUUUUGAAACUCAUCUUGGAGUUACAUUGUGUGCAAAUGAUUUUUACAGAGGUGAAGCGAGAACGGACGGUGCGUUCUGCGACUACACAGAAGCAGACAAACAGACAUACUUGCAGAAAUUAUUACAAUUAGGUGUAAAGAAUAUGGAAAUGGAGGCCACAGCGUUCGCCCACUUUACAAGCGCGGCCGGUGUGCGGGCUGCUGAUGUGUGUGUCACGUUACUUGAUCGAUUGUUGGGGGAUCAGGUAACACCGGAAAAAGAAGUUUUAACGGAGUGGCAGAAACGUCCUGCGAAAAUUGUAGGAAAUUAUAUUCUCAAAUAUUAUAAUAAAUAACCUUUGUUUUACUUGGAAGUGAAAUAUACUUAUAUUUUAUAUUUUUAUAGUG